CUCUACUUAUAAAAUGCAAGAAACGAAAAUGGCUGCUAGACUUGUUUCCAAUCCAAGCAAAGUGUUGUUUAUACGGAGAUGUUUUUCCAGUAGCCGAGCAUUACUUCAAGUUAAAGAUGAAAAAGAUGACAUAAUUUUUGGGCCAGAACAUUGGGAAUUGCGUUCUACUCUUAGGAAGAUAAUUGAUAAGGAGAUCAAUCCAUAUGUUGAUGAAUGGGAAGCAAACAGAAGAUUUCCUGCUCACAAAGUUUUCAAAAUCCUUGGGGACAAUGGUUUCCUGGGUGUUUCCAAACCUAAAGCAUAUGGUGGCCUUGAACUUGACUACAGUUACAGUGUGGCGGUGGCUGAGGAGCUUGGCAACAUUAAAUGUGGUUCUAUCCCUAUGGCCAUUGGUGUACAAACAGACAUGGCCACACCUGCCUUAGCCAGGUUUGGCAGUGACUUUUUAAAAAAAGAAUUUCUGGUGCCAACAAUUGCUGGAGACUAUGUGGCCUGUCUUGGUGUUAGCGAGGUGGGUGCAGGUUCUGAUGUUGCUAAUAUCCAAACCAGAGCCUCCAGAGUGGGAGAUGAUCUGAUCAUCAAUGGUGGCAAGAUGUGGACCACCAACGGUGCCCAGGCAGAUUGGAUGUGCUGCCUGGCCAACACCAGUGAUGGCAAGUCUCACUCCAACAAAUCACUCAUCUGUCUGCCCAUGAAGACUCCAGGUGUAACAAUAAGUAAAGAGAUUAAAAAGCUCGGUAUGUGGAGCUCUGACACAGUGCAGGUGUACUUUGAAGAUGUCAAGGUCCCUCGCUCAUUUAUCAUUGGGGAGGAAGGUCAAGGGUUCAUAUACCAGAUGCUGCAGUUUCAGGAAGAACGGUUGUUUGCUGCAGCUGUUGCACUUUUGCCGCUAGAAAGUAUGAUAGAGGAGACCAUAAAGUACACGUCACAGAGGAAAAUCUUUGGCCAGCCGGUACUCAACAACCAGGUUGUACAUUUCACCCUGGCUGAGUUGGCCACUGAGAUAGAGAUGUUGAGGUCGGCCACCUACAGGGCCGCGGCCUUGUACACCAGGGGUCAAGAUGUAACAAAACUGGCCUCAAUGUGCAAGUUAAAAACUGGACGUCUGCUGCGUGAGGCGUCAGACAAGUGCCUUCAGUACUGGGGUGGUAUGGGUUUCACAGAGGAGGUCAUGAUCAGCCGCAUGUACCGGGACAUGCGACUUAUUUCAAUAGGAGGUGGGGCUGAUGAGGUCAUGCUGUCCAUAAUUUGUAAGCUGAUGAAUACGUUACCCAAGUUGAAGAAGUAGAGCUUCAGACAAUCAUUUGAACUGUUUUACACUACAGACAGCUAUGGAUUUUUUAAAAAAUCUUAUCAAUUCUGCAAGUAAAUGCUUGUGCGACCGGUUUGUCGUAAGAUUUGAUUAAGAUAAAUCAGGUAAACAGUAAGUUCACAGUGAUUAUUAUAUGAUCAAUCUAAUACCUGUGAUUUUUUUAUCUUGAUGCAAUAUGUACACAGUUGUUUCAUGUUAUUUCUAUUGUUGUGAUAAUUUAACCAUUUGUAUUAUUAUUUUUAAUGAUUGGUGAGGUUGAGAAUCAUAAGAUUUUUUACGGGAUUUUUUACAACUAUAUGUAAAAUGUGUGACUGCAUGUUUGGAGACUGCUAACACUAAAGUUCGAGUUUGAAUCCCAGGUUCAUGUUGAUAGAACUUCUGAGCCCACCCCGCUCUUAUGGGUACCUGACUCACAUUAGGGAAAGUAAAGGCAGUUGGGCAUAAUGCUGACUACACUAUCCCUCCAUAUGCCGGGGUUACUUAUCUUGCCCCAUGGACUGGAAGGACCGUCAGGUUCAAAAGGGUACUUAACUAUAUUGGAACAUGUUUUAAUACGAGGUUUAUUGUAGAACUGACUAUAUACAUUUGACUACAGAGGAUGCAGAAAAGUUAAUUUGCAUGUAAAAGCAAGGCUAUUUUCAUGUAAAUAGGCUUUUUUAUUUCAUUAUAUCAGAUUUUUUUUUUUGUGCAUGUGCUGUUGUGUUUAAAUUCAUAAAAUAAUCAGAGUUAGACCUACAUUGUGAUUGCCUAGAUAUCAUUUUUGCGCUUGUUGAAAUACUUUUUUUUAAAUAUCUGUAGAUAAUUAUUUGGUUUAGUACUGUUGAUUGAUUUUAUGAUGAUUGACUUUAUGAAAAGGUGCCCUAGAAUCAGUUUGAAACUUUUUAAUUUGUGCAUGUCACAUCUAAGUUUUGACAGUUUUUAUAUAAUGAUGUCCAUACAUGUUCCUUAUUAGGUCUACAAUUUCUUUAAUAUGUUUCAAUUGCAAAUAAAUAUUGAUGUU